AUGUACACUCCGCCUUCAAACUGCGGCAGUAGCAGGGGGUCUACGCCGAGGGCGGAGGACUCACCACAGCGGGCAGGCAGAUACAGGCUGCCUAGCACCCUUUCCGAUACGGAAACUAUCUUCAGUGCAGAUGAGGAGCUUGGAGGUGUAGAGAAUGGCGGGGAUGUGGAAAGCCACGCCUGGAGCGUGGUGACCAGCAGCCAUAACGAAGAUUCCCACGACCUGGGACACAGAGCGACUCUUCUUCCCACGACGACAAUAACGACGAAAAAGGAUGACGAUGAAAAGGGACAAUCGUACUCUCAUACGGGGGGGAAACAACAGCAGCAGCAAACGUCGCGGAUUGAGCACUUUGAUGGAUUACGUGGGAUCCUGGCGCUCAUCGUGGCCAGCGCCAACUUUUUGCGGCACUUUGACUUUGUGGGCGGAGUAGAUGCCCGUAUGUGGCCUAUAUUCGGCAGGAUUGUGCGGUAUCUUGGGCUUACUCCUUUGCCUAUCUCGCUCUUCUUUCUCUUAUCGGGAAGAGUGUUGAUGAUCCGAUACCUCGAAAACCCAUCACUUAACAAGGUUGCCUCUGCGUUCUUACGACGACCGUUCCGCUUGUUGAUUCCCGUGAUGGGCUCGCUUUUGGUUAUGUGGGCGAUGGUGCACCUGCGACUCUGCACACUCACCGCCCAAGCUGCAGAACAUAACACGAUCUGGAUACCCGUCGACGAAGAUGCUAAACAGUGGUGCAGAAACGACUGGUUUCCUUUUAGUGACAUCUUCAGCGGUGCCGUGGCAUUCCUGGUCGGUGGUCAUGAGAUGCCGUUCCCGGACCGACCUCAACAAACCAUCCGGACGGCAUUGGAGGGCUCUUUCCUCCUUUUCGCCGUUGCGCUCGUGAUGCUGGCUUACCCAAAAUCCAGUCGGACGAUCACCGUGGUUCUGGCGACGUGGUUCACGUUCACCUCAUCGGUGUAUGCUCAUUUCAUGUGGGGGUUCCUUAUCGCGCAGCAGGCACAGGCUGGAGUCUGGGCGCGGGUCCGUAUAUCCCGCGCCGCCACCUUUUGGAAAUCAACCCUCCUCUUCGUCGCGCUCACAAGCAUGUACUUUCGGGACCCGUACAUGAGGAUCGCAAAGUGGACAACAUGGGACAUUAACGAAGGUCAUUGGGGACGUUCGGGCAGUCGCGGCGACCAAUGGAAUAUUCCAGAAUUCUACACCGCCGUUGCCAUCAUGCUGGGUUUGGAGCUUUCUCCCGGGCUCUGUACGAUCCUUUCUUCCCGACCGUUCUUGUUUUUGGGAAGGAUAUCCGUCGGAUUGUACCUCCUCCACCCGGUGGUGUACACUGUCGUCGGAUCCCUUGUCGGAGCAUGGGCUUUCGACUUGUACCUAUCGACGUGGUUGCAGGCUACAAUCGUCUACAUCGGUGUGUUAGGCGCAUGGGUCGUUGCGGGACAAGUUUUCGCCAACACCUUCGACAAAUGGGCCGUGGACUUUGGUCGUUUCGUCGAAACCAAGACGACGCAAGGGACAUGGUCCGUCAAGGGUGCACUUCGCGGCUCGUACGAGAACAUCAUCUACGCUUCGAGGUACAUCCAAACGCUAGCGACACCAUCUGGUUUCAACAUGGUGCGCAACGCAUUCGUCAGAUACAACAAAUCCCCCGCCGGCAAGUUUGUUCUGGCCACUAACGUCGUCUCGACCGGACUGAUGGUCGUCAUCACCCUCUACCGCCAUUGGCAGAACUCGCACGUCCCCGUGGGCCUCAUGAACUUGUGGGACGGACGGGGCAACCUACCUCUCGUCACCGGCACCAACGGCAUUCUCAGAACGACUACCGAUGGCCCAGCUCCGGUGUGCGUUAUCAACGUCUGGGAGCGCGGUCAUCUGCCCACAUACGUCCGCGCCGCGCUCGACAGCAUGGCCUCACGUAACGGCUCCGCAUUCAUGGAAACGUACCUGUUUGUCCCCUCCUCGAUCGGCGUCGACGGGGUUAAGAAGCUGUACGACGGCAAGAACGCGUGGCCGGCCAACGUGCAUGUUGUGGAUCUCGGAAUGGUGAAUGAGCGGUGGGCGAGCGAAAGUAUGGAUCAGUAUGUCGCGGACAAUCUGUGCCGGAUGUAUGAUUUGCCGUUGACGAGUUGGGAGUGUUGGAGGGUGAGGAGGCAGACGCUUGAUAGUGCGAAGUUGAAGGGGCGGCCGUCGAAUCUAGUUCAAUUCCGCAUGGCCUUCGGCAGCAUUUUCAAGCCCUGGGUCGACACUUCCCGUUGCUCGUCCUGGGCUUGGGGUGACCUCGACACCCUCUGGGGCGACUUACGCAGCGUCUACGACUCUCCACUGGUCAAAGACGCCGACAUCGUCACCCUCGGCGGCGGCGACAGAAUUCGCCUCUACACUCGCGGACAAUACACAGCCCUCAACCAGCGCAUCAACCCCGCCGUUAAUGACAUCUGGCGCAAGUGCAGCGAAUUUGCCACACUCACUGCCCUCACAACUUUCAUGCGCCGCGACUCGUGGAUGGCCCUCGACGAAGGUUGCACGACCGACGCCGCCCACCGCUCGGGGAUUAAAUUCGUCAUUGUGAACUCCCAAUUCGCCGACUGGGGCAACGCUCUUGUCAUGUCCCGCGCGCAACACGGCCGCGUGUAUAACUGUUACGGGCGCCCGGCCGAACGCGACCUCGCCAUAGCAAAGCAGAACAAAAUCUUGGUACACAGCGAGCUCAUCCGCGCCCAAUGCACCAAAAUGCUCGAAGUAUUCGACGCCAAGCUGCAAACAGGAGCAUACACCCGCCCCUUCACCGCCGACCUCGUCCCUGUCCCGCAAAACUUUACCUACGGCGUCCCACCCCACGGCACAGGUUGCUCGUCCUGGGUCCCGGCGGACGCCAACUGGUGCGUCCUCAACAUGCCCGUCGAGCCCGACUGGGAAACCGGGCCCCGCGUCAUUCAGUCGAUGCAAAUGCAUCCCAACACACCCAACAACACCGGUCAAUGGUACGCCUUCCCGCGCCCGAGCGACCCCAUUUUCGCCCCACAAAAAGGGGGUGUGAACAACGACGUUGAGUUAUUCGUCCUUGACUCGGCUCUCACGCAUCUCCAGAAUUAUAAGAGGAAUAUGCAGCUUGGAGACUCGCCGUUGAUGCAUGUGGGGGUUGUGGAGGCGGGGAGAAGGUUGAGGGAAGGGGAUGCGUACUGGGAGGUGUAUCCGGAUACGGAGGCGGUGUUUGGGGAGCCGGAGUGGGAUCCAAAGCGGAUGCCGAAGGUUAUUUGGAGGUUGGGUGAAGGGAAGUAG